AUGCCGCUCGUCUCGCUCUCCGUCGCGACAUCGCUCGGGACGUCGUUGAUCGUGGAGAUCGACCCCGAGCUCGGCGUCGCGGGGGCGAAGAGGGCGAUCGAGGACGCGCACGUGACGGCGCACUCGGGCGCGCGCGUGGACGUCGGCGCGUUGCACGGAUACGGCGCGUUCGCGGGCGGCGUCGGACUGUGGUACCCGGUGGACGACGCGGCGCUUCGAAGGGGGCGAUUCGAGUGCGUCAUGGCGCAAGUUCGAGCGCGUGACGGUGGGGGCUCGAGCGAGGACGACGAUGGGUUCGGGGCUAUGGUGACUCCAGAGGCGCUGCGGGCGAGGAACAAGGCGGCGCUCGCGUCAUCGCCGUUGGUGUCGCCGACGGCGGCAACGACGGCCGUGCAGCCGAUGGCUGUGGGACGCUCGCCGUUGGGGUUCAUCGGGACGCCGGUCGAUCUCGGGCGACGGUUGAGCGCGUCGGAGCACGCGACGGUGGCGGCUGCGACGGAGGCGGAGACAGAGAGAGGGAAGUGUGAGGAUUUGGAUACGGCGUAUAGGCUCUUGAUGAAGCUCGACGGACCGGAAGAGUGCGGGGCUGGCGCGCCGGCGUACAGCGCGCUCAUGUUGGGAUAUGCCAGGCAAGGACGCCUCAUCGAGGCUUUGGGGUUACUGGAGCAAUGGGAGCGGGGACGGGGACCGAAGGAUGCGAAAUUCGGCGUCGGCAAGCGCGGGAACAUCAUCUUACGCGGAUCAUGGAGAUGGUCCAAGGAGGACGUCCCCAAGUUCCCAAAACGCGAUGAGAUGGGCACGAGGUGGUACCCGAGACGGGCGGCGACUACCCGGAUGCUCUUCGCCGCUCUCGACGCGUGUGCAACGUGUGGCGAUGUGCGACGAACGCGUAGGUUCAUGAAGCGCAUCAUGAAGUGGGAAGGGCGCGUUCAAAACGCCACAAACUUUAACGAGGAUGAGUAUCUGUGGAAUGCGCUCAUCAAGGCAACCGCUCGCGGGAAAGACCCCUUGUCGUGCCUGAACGUCCUUACCGAGAUGAACAAAGCAGGAGUGCUACCAACCAAGGUUACGUACAACAUCAUCAUUUCCGCGUGCGCCAAGGGUGGUCGACCGGAUUGGUGCCGCGCGCUGCUGCAGAAGAUGUACAUCCUCAAGGAUAAGAACUGCCGUCCAGACGCAGUGUCGUACACGACGACUCUGGUCGCUGAGACGGCGGCGGCGCAAGGCGUCGUUGAUGCGGGUGCGGAGUUCGCAGGCGGUGUCGAGGUGGUUAAAUCGUUGUGGAACAACUUUAUAAAGAAGAAUGUGAAGCAAGACGGCGUCGUCAUCGGAGCAUUUGUGAACGCCUUCGUGGCCAACAGCGACAUUGAGAAUGCCCUGCAUGCUUUAGAUCACGGCUACGCGGCGAACAUGUACAUCAGUCCCAGCGUAUACUUUACUGCCAUGCGCUUUUUGGCGUCCAAGGGUGAUGAAGACGGCGUGAAGAGAUUAGGCAACAAGCUGCGCGCGAAGAACGCGAGCGGCGAGAUCGCCGCAGAAAUAGACAUGUUCGAAGCCGAGGCGUGCGCCGCGGCCGGCAACGUCGAAGGAGCGCGCGCAGCAAUUUUCCGCGUGCAGAAUGGUAACGAGGCCGCGGCGGCGAAGGUGUUCCGCGAUCGUUCUUCGGGUGUUCUCGUAGCUUUGUUCGUCCAAGAGGUGCUCGAAUGCGACGUCGGCGAAAACGUGAGCGAGCGCGCGCAAGCCACUGAGUCAUUCGACGAAGACGACGAGGAAGAGUACGACGAUCUCACGAUGUUGGAUAGCGAGACUAUUCUGAAUCACAAUGGCUCACUGUGUCGAUGGGAAAAACCGGACGUGUGGUCGGUCACGCAGGCGCUCGAUUUGCUCGACGGCGCGUGGUCGUACGACGAAUUUGAUGAGCAAGGUAUCGGGGAGUCUCCGGCGCCUCCGCCGCGGGGUGGUUGGGCCCAAGCCGUGCAAUCGCACGCUGUGGAGCCUUUGCUGUUCAAGAACGGCGUUUCUCCGUCGGAACCGAUCGAAACGGUGGUUCCAGAGAUUGCACUUUGCAUGCGUCGGGGCGACAUCGUGCGUCGAAGCGACUCUGUCUCGGACGCCAUCCAAUCUCUCGGCGCCAACUUCAACGCCGUCGUGAUCGAUGACGAUACGGGCAUUCCAGUCGGUACUUUCCGCCGCGCGGACGCCGACGUCGGACCCGGGAUUACGGUCGGCCAAGUCAUGAGCGCCGGACCCGAGCGUCUGUUCCGAGACGACACCACCGUCGCCGACGUCGCCAUGCUCUGCGUCCGCGACUCCGCCGCUCUCGUCGCCAUCGUCGACGAAGAGGGUCGCAUCGUUGGCACGCUCCGCCAGGACGACAUCCUAAUCCCCGCUCGAGAGGAAUCCGCUUCGCCGCGCUAG